AUGCUCAACCCAGUGCCCUCAAAUGAUCCCAAUGAGCCCUUGAACUGGAGUACUCUACGCAAGAGUGUCAACUUUGUGAUUGUGCUUGGAAUGACAGCCGUGGUCUUCACAGAAGUCUCUGUGCAAGCGAUCUUUUGGCAACAGAUGGUCGUGGAUCUCUCCGUCUCCUAUACGCAGCUCAAUCAAGCCAUGUCUGUUCUGUACGUCGGUCUCAGUGUGGGCUGUGUGAUCUUCAUUCCGCUGGCGAAGAAAUUCGGUCGAAGGCCUGUGUACAUUCUGUCGACCGCUCUUAUGUUGGCUAGCUCCUUCUGGGCAGCACGGUUGAACACGCUCGCUGAGCUCUAUGCUGUCAACCUGCUCCUGGGCUUAUCUGGAGCAACGAACGAAACGAUUGCGGAAAUGACGAUCUCCGACCUCUACUUCGUACACCACCGGGCGAGUAUGAAUGGUCUCUACAUGACCAUGGUCAUGAUUGGCAGCUUUUUGGCACCGAUAGGAGCGGGAUUGCAGGCAACCAGACAGGAUUGGCGAUGGUCGUACCAAACUCUGGGCAUCUUCAACGCAUUCUUCUUGAUCUUGUUUCUCUUCAUCUACGAAGAAACUAAGUUUGUCCGAGUGCUCAACGGGCAAGAAAGUGUGACUCAGGCCGUUGAGACGACUGUGGAUUCUGCAAACGCAGAUGGCAAGCCCUUGGCCGCAGUGGAGUCGGUUACCAAGAUACCGCUCCCAGUCGAACCCAGCAACCUUCAUCAUCAGCUGGACCUGAACAUCCCGACGAGGCCGUGGCGUACACGUCUUGCCCUCUGGACUUAUACAUCAGAGCCCAUCUGGCCCUACGUCUAUCGACCCUUCUAUGUUUUGUUCACCUUUCCCACCGUGCUUUUCACCGGCAUCCAAUACGCUUCGGGUGUGGUCUGGCUCACGGUCGUGGCCAACGUUAUCGCACUCGUCUUCCCAUUGCCUCCAUACAACUUCACGCCCGGGCAAGUUGGCUUGAUGAGCCUUGGUCCAUUUGUGGGAAACUUGAUUGGGUCGCUGUACGGUGGGCUGAUUGGCGACUGGUCGAUUCUGCGAUUCGCUCGCAAAAACCGCGGUUACUAUGAGCCCGAAAUGCGCUUGUACAUCUUACAUCUCCCGGCAGUUUGUAUGGCUGGAGGUCUGAUCAUGUUUGGUAUUACUUUAGACCGGGGCAUGCAUUGGAUAUUUCCCAGCGUGGGAGGUGCUCUUUUCGCAUUUGGAUUGGGCAGUAUCGGCGAUGCUGCCUUGACCCUAGUUAUUGACAGUUACCGUGAGAUAACGGGGGAUGCCUUCACGGGAAUCGCUUUUCUACGAAACGUUACCAGUAUCGGGAUACCAUUCGCGAUCACGCCCUGGAUGCAGACGCAGGGUCUCCAGAAGAUGUUCAUUGCUUCUGGAUUUCUCUGUUUGGCCAUUUCUGUGCUGAUUUUUCCGAUGAUCUUCUACGGGAAGCUGUCUCGCCGAGCCAUGGCCCCUCGUUAUUAUCGUCUUGUGGAGCAGCAGACCGUUCUACACUGCCACUGA